ACAGAUAUCAGCAUAUCAUAGAACAAAGAGAUUCACUGAGAGAUACACCAUAUCUAGUCAAAUUAUGUCAUUGUUUUUAACACACACAAUGAGUAAAAUGUCUGUAUGGCAAUAUCUAAGUGUUUUGGGAGCCACUCUCUUAGUGACAGGGGUUUGGUGUGAGUCCACAGAAGUCUUUGUGGAGGUCGGGUCGCAAGCCAUCUCCUGUGUGAGUCGUCCUCCUCCACAUACUGCAGCAGUCAUCAACUGGUCCAGGUACCAUGGAGGCACCAUUUGGAGGAAGAAGAAGAGUGGAUUGGAGUACUGGGAUAGUUCUGCCCAACGUGUCAGAUGUUCCCAUUCCCAUACUGGAGACUACAGCCUGUACAUCAAAGAAGUGAGGGAAGAGGAUGCAGGGGAGUACAGAUGCCGUGUGGAGGACGGCAAACAGUUAAUCAUAAAAAACGUUCUUCUCAGGGUUAUCAAAGCGUCAUUCUCGCCAAAGGACCCGUUGGACGGCGACACUCUGUCCAUCGCUUGCGGCGUGAAGCCCUGGCCGUGGGGGGCCACGGUGAGCUGGAGGCUCAACGGAGAGCCCUUUCUUGUCCGCGACCACGGCUUCACCGAAGAGAACUUCGCCAGCGGUCCCUUCUACUUGAAGGGCAGAGCCUCUGGAAACGUGACGGGGAACUGGACUUGCGCCGUGCAUCAGAAGGGGAGAGAGGCGACGGUCACCCGGGCACUGACAGUCAGAGGUAUCGUCAGCCCCCCCAGGGACGGCAGCAGAGUGUACGCGGCCGUGGGGUCUGCCGUCACCCUCCCCUGUGUGUUCACCUCUGGACUCGCUCCUUCCGGCAUGCUGUGGGAGAGGACGGCCAAGGGGUCCCUCUCUGCGUCGGCCGUGGUUCCUAUCCUCCCUCCCUCCGCCAACCUGUCCUCCACGGCCUCCCAGGCCCCCUGGCUCCCAGCCCCCUGGGACCGGUCGGUCGUCGUGGCGGAGGUGGGGGUGGAGGAUGGGGGCGGGUACAGGUGCUCGGGGUCAGUCACGGGCAAGAAGCUGGGCAGAGGGAUGCAUCUGGUCACAGCACAAGUGCUCCGCAACUCUCCGACUUCGAGGAGGGCUCCCGUGACACUGACCUGUCACCUUAGCGACGCCAGCGAAGUCACUGACUACAGUUGGGUUCAGCUGACCCCUGUCCUCAAUGGCACCCAAUCUGCGAUUCCCUUCCCUUCCAAUGGGAAGGUUCUUAACAUCGGCGCUGUGACAGAGAAGACCGCCGGUGAAUGGGCUUGUCUCUUCUACGGGAAGCAAGGGAUGCUGGGAAAUGUGACUUACCAUUUACAACUGAUGAGUGGUCUGAGCGGGGUGGAGGAGACUUCCAGUGGGGUGGGCCCGGCAGUUGGCCUUGUCUUACUCCUCUUAAUAGCAUUGUUGGUUGUGGUCCAGAUGUGCAAAAACGAGCAGAGGAAGAGGAACAUUCUACGCUUCCCGGCUUUGGAGACCAUAGUCCACGCUCACUCCAACGAGAGGGAGGACAGCGAGAGGAGCAGAGUGAAAGAUGAUGAAAUCUCAAAAUAGUGUGUCUGUAAUUUUCUUUUACUAUAUUUUCGUGGGUCGAAAUAUAAUAUUUUGAUCUGCUUGAUUACUGUUUGGGAGAGCAUGAUUGUGUGUGUGAUUUUGUAUGAUAGAGACCUUCAGUGCAGACAUUUGUAGCAGUAUUACUUCCUACUUUAUGUAAGAACUUUAUUUGAAAUUGUGUAAAUAUGUUGCCUAUUUCUACUUAUUAUAUUUACAAUAUUUUAUAUUUACAAAGACAUUCCUGAGAAUAAAAAUAUA